GGAAAACACUUCCUUCCUUUUCUCCCCUGCAGUGCCACACCUGAAAUCGUAAUCGCGUUCGCUCUCCCCCCCUCUCUUUCUCUCUCUCGAUGCUAAUGCCAAUCUCCAAGGAGUCCCCGUCGAAGCCUCCGCCGGUGAUCGGCAAAAUCGGCCCGUACACGGUCUUCAUCACUCCUCCCCACACUCCUAAAUCCCCGGAAGCAGACCACCCUCAGCCGCAGAAGAUCGUCCCCCCUCCCGUCCGCCCUCCGCCUCUUCAGUUCGACAACGUAUCUCAUGUCUCUCAAUCUCCCUCCGGUGGUGGUGCUUUGAAGCCUGGCUUCUUCUGGAACGCCGUCUCCAAAAUCCAAAAUGCACAUUCAAGUUUAGAUGAGCAUCUGGCGUGGUGGUUUGGGUUGAAUCAAUCCAAGUAUCAGUGGGCAUUGGAUGAUUAUUUUGAAAGCAAGGGAGUGGAUGGGAAGGAAGAAGCAGUGAGGUCGUUCGUGGGGCUUUCUCCUCUGUAUAGGCCUUAUGGAAAUUCUUUCACUCGGGAAAGGAAGAUGCCAAAGCAAAAGAAAUAUCCAAUAAAGCAGAGUGUGUUUAACUGGUUUCUUUCGGCAGGUGAAAAUGGUUCUUGAACAAGUGAAGCUGCCUGCAGUUGUCUUUUUGACUGUGUCUAUGUAUAUGGCGGAACUAUAUGCAUCCCAGCAUGCGUGAAGAUUUGGUGCAAUCCUCUUUAGUUUUGCUUGUUGCUAUUCUUUACCCGCAGCAGGUGUUGGAAAGGCUGGUUGUAUAAUUAUGUAGUAGAUUAUCAGCCAUAUGAUUACCAUUUUUUCUUUUCUUUUUUAAUUGGUAAUCCCUUUUGGUGUUUUUGUUGUUUGGAAUCUCCUUCAAUGUACUACCACUUGACUUGGAUUAAUGUUACAAUCCUGGUGUUGGGAAAGUCGCUGUGUAAAGCACAGCAUCCGUUCCUAGUUAACUCUUUGGGGAAAAAGCCCGUCUCUAUUGGGUCCUGCUUGUUUUAUUUUAUUGUCUCCAUAUACUCUUUUUGGGAGAAAACUUGAAUAUGGAUUUAUGUACAAAAUAUAAUAUAAAAUUAUAUUAAAAUUUGUUUAAA